CGAAACUCGAUUGAUUUAUUAUUAUCUUUUGUUUUGAUGAAGGAAAGAAUGCAGUCGAUGAAGCCUAACUAUAUUUAUCAUUCGAAAAAUCCAACGAAUUUCCUCUCUCUCUCUCUCUCUCUCUCUCUCUCUCUCUCUUUUUUCCCCACUUCCUGUUGUAGCUUUUUUAUGUUCUGUAAAAUUGAUUAAAAUUUCCAGAAAUAGUUUUCCGUUGAAUGAUUUUCGAUGUAGUUCGACUGUAUAAACAUCUUUCUACUGGCUAUUGGGUUUUCGGUUUGUGACUUCAAUAUUAAACUACAGAUUGAUAGUUGACGAUGGCUAGUGUUUUACUUCUUUUAGGGUUUACUUCAGAGUUUUCUCGAUGUUUGUUUUUCAAUUUUCUUUUGAUAAAAUCAAUUCCUUCGGCCCAAUAAUGUUCAAGUAAUCCACAUUGUGGGUUGUUGAAAAAUUCCGUUUCUUAAGAAAUAGAAGAUGAUAAGGUAACCAAAUGAAGACUCAGUAGUCAGGAAUUACUUUCUUCUGGUCUGUGAAAGUGUUUCCCCAAGAAAAGUACUCCGUUCUGAAAAAUAGUGGACAUUUUAAUUUAAAUUCAACUUAAAGCAGUGCAAUUUGCAUUUUACAAUGUGGGCUUCUUUGGGGCAGAGUGAGUAGCUCUUCUGCUAAAACACAACUGAAAGGAGCUAUUUUUUCAUUUUUAUUUUCUUGUAUCUUUGUUUUCAUUUUGGGCCUAGCCAGCCUUAGAGUUGAGUGCCUUCAGAAAAGAAAGUGUUGAAUCUGGACUCCUUUUCUGGCAUUGAAGGAGCAUUUCUAAGACACUGAUGAAUUUCUACUCUAUUUCCUCUUAUCUCUUACAGGAAGCUUUGGUCCUCAUUCUAGAUGUUGGUCCAGCAAUGCAUGCUAUUCUUCCACAGGUGGAAACAAUUUGUUCUAUGCUGAUCGAGAAGAAGCUGAUUUACGGAAAAACUGAUGAAGUAGGAGUUGUUUUAUUUGGAACUGAAGUGACUGCAAAUGAGUUGACUAAGGAGGUUGGUGGAUAUGAGCAUGUGAUGGUUUUACGGCCGAUAAAAGUUGUUGAUGGAGAUCUACUAGAAGCUGUUCAAAACCUUCCUCGAGGAACUGUUCAUGGUGAUUUUCUUGAUGCUAUUGUUGUUGCAAUUGAUUUGAUGAUUAAAAAGUUUGGUCCUACGAAUAAGGGGAAGAAGCGUUUUUGUCUCAUCACCAAUGCAAUGUAUCCGAUUAAUGAUCCAUUUGAAGGAACAAAAGAAGAUCAAGUGAGCACCAUUGCUUCACAAAUGAUGAAGCAGGGCAUGAAAAUGGAUUGUGUAAUCACUCGGCUGAACUCAAAUCUGGAGGCGCAUAAGAGAGUAAUGGAAGAGAAUGAUUUCCUGUUGAAAGUUUUUUCAGAAAAAUCUGUCUCGAAGGUGGUUUAUGUGGAGAGCUCAACAAAAUUGCUGGGUGCUCUAAGAACUCGUAACAUAUCUCCUUCCACUAUAUACAGAGGUGACUUUGAACUGAGCCCUACUGUGAAGAUCAAGGUAUGGGUCUAUAAAAAGACAUCAGAAGAAAAAUUUCCCACUUUGAAAAGGUAUUCUGAUAGAGCACCUCCUACUGACAAAUUUGCUACACAUGAAGUCAAGGUUGACUAUGAAUACAGAAGUAUUCAAGAUCCGAGUAGAGUUGUACCACCAGAACAGAGGAUUAAAGGUUUUCGAUAUGGACCCCAAGUGGUUCCAAUUUCGUCAGCAGAGUUAGAGGCUGUAAAGUUUAAACCAGAAAAGGGUGUGAAGCUCCUAGGAUUCACUAAUUCCUCAAACAUAAUGCGGCACCAUUAUAUGAAGGAUGUCAACAUCUUCAUUGCUGAGCCAGGAAAUACAAGAGCAAUUCUUGCCGUUUCUUCCUUAGCAAGAGCAAUGAAGGAAAUGAACAAAGUAGCCAUCGUCCGCUGUGUGUGGAGACAGGGGCAGGGUAAUGUUGUUGUGGGGGUCCUAACUCCUAAUCUCUCUGACAAUGAUAAAACUCCUGAUUCAUUCUACUUCAAUGUUCUUCCCUUUGCCGAGGAUGUGAGGGAAUUCCAAUUUCCAUCUUUUAGCAGUUUGCCUCCAUCAAUGCAGCCAAAUCAACAGCAACAGGAAGCCGCAGAUAAAUUGGUUAGAAUGCUUGAUCUAGCCCCCAGUGGAAAAGAGGAAAAUUUGCAGCCUGACUUUACACCAAAUCCUGUCCUAGAGCGCUUUUAUCGUUUCCUGGAAUUGAAGUCUAAGGACUGCAAUGCAGCUGUUCCACCGCUUGAUGAGACUCUCAGCAGAAUAACAGAGUCCGACCCUGAUAUGUUUUCUCAAAACAAAUCUAUCAUUGAUGACUUCCGUAGGUGUUUUGAACUUAAAGAAAACCCAAAGCUCAAGAAAUCUUCUAGAAGGUUGUUGAAAGAGAAACCUUCUGGAUCCGAUGAUGAAGGACAGGGUGUUGGUAAUGGUUCCAAUGCUCAGCCAAUGGAUUUAAUCGAGUACAAAUCUGGAGUCAAAGUCGAAAAGAUAGGCGACUUGAAUCCUGUUCAAGACUUUGAAUCAAUGAUAUCUCGAAGAGAUAGUCCAGAGUGGGUCAACAAAGCAAUAAGGUAUAUGAAGGAUAAAAUUUCUGAAUUAGUGAAGAAUUCGUGCGAAGGUGACGUAUAUCAGAAAGCCGUGGAAUGUUUAGUGGCAUUGCGAAAAGGUUGCGUUUUAGAGCAGGAGCCAAAAGAGUUCAACGAAUUCCUUCUGCAUCUUUGUAAGCUUUACCAGGAAAAUGACCUAAAGAGGUUUCGCAAAAUUCUUGCAGCUCAUGGGGUUACGCUUAUCAGCAAAACAGAAGCCACAGACAGUGAAAUUACAGAUGAUGAGGCUAAAUCCUUCAUGCUCAAAUCGGAGCCAAAAUCUGAGCAAUUAUCUUGAAUAGUUUCACAUGUAGGGCUUGUGAAGAUGACGAUUAUCUAUUACUGUGAUCAUUAGAUCUGAGGAAUACUUUUUUCAGAGUGAAUUACAUAAGUUUCUAGAAAACAGCUCCUGUAUAUGCGAUAGGCUGUAUAAUGACUUUGCUUUCAUCUUCUUUUUCUUUUCUCUUGGUUUUACAUAUGUUCUUUGGUUGGUUGUAUGUAAUUGCAAUCGAUCCUAAUGUCCAGCAAAGUGUUGAAAUUGAAAGGGUUCAUAACCAAAUAAUAAAUAAACAAGUAUACAGUAAGUGGCUAAGUCACCCUGGAUGAG